ACUUCCGGCUCCUCGCUGUGGUGGCGCUGGGCCUGGCGCGGCGGGAGAGGCGGCGGCUGAGGAGGAGCAUUGUUAAGCUUGUUGACUUAAUGAGAACUGCGGGAGGAAAUCCAAAAAGGAAGAAAAAGAAACACCAGGUUUUGCUGUCUUGGUGUUCUUAGAGUGAAUUAACCAUUUCUGGAAACCACCAGACAAGACCAAAAUGUGGGGAGAUCAUCGACAAGGCAACAGAAUGGGCUCUUUUCGUGGGAGCCAAGAAGAAAGGUUUGCUCCCGGGUGGAACAGGGAAUAUCCUCCUUCCCUUGAUAGCCUUGCUCAAGAAAGACACUCUGGCAACUUCUCUGGCAGAGAAUCACUUCCUUUUGAUAUCCAGGCACUCACAGGCCUCCUCAAUCCUCAGUUUGCCAACAGAGAGGAACCUUCUUUCAGCUUUGGAGCUAGAGAUGGACCACGUAGUGACUUCAGAGGUGGGGAGGGGCACCAUGAUUUCAGGGGCAGAGAUUUUCCACCAUCUGACUUCCAGGGCAGAGAUGAGUCUCAGAUGGAUUUCAGAGGUAGGGAGCCACACUCUUCUGAGUACAGGGGCAGGGAUAUGUACUCUGGAAACUUCAGGGACAGAGAAGGGCCACCUAUGGACUUCAGAGGUGGGGACGUUCCUUCAGUGGACUACAGGAAUAGGGAGACAUUCCGUAUGAACAAUAGGGAUAGGGAAGCACAUAAUAUGGAUUACAGGGGCAGAGAUGAACCUCCAUCAGACUUCAGGGGAAGGGGGUCUUUUGAUCUAGACUUCAGAGGUCGAGAUGGAUCUCAUUCAGACUUCAGGGUGAGAGAUAUGCCUGAGUUAGACUACAGGGGCAGAGAGCAUUCCUAUUCAGACUUCAGAAAUAGGGACGUACCUGACUGGGACUUCAGGGGUGUGGGCACCUCUGAUUUGGACUUCAGAAACAGAAAUGCACCAUCAUCAGACUUCAGAAAUAGGCACAGGUCCCGAUCUGAUCAGGAUUUUAGGAGCAGAGAUGUGGCUCCUCCUAUGGACUUCUCAGACAGGGAAAUGCCUCCUGUGGAUCAAAGCCUUGUAGAUUUUAGGCGCAACCAAUCUACUGUACCUUUAGCAGAAAGAGAGGGCUCUGGUUUAAGCACCAGCAAGAGAGAGGAGUCUGCACUUGAUCUAGAUAGAACUCCCUUUGGUAGCCAAAAAGGAGAAUUUCAACAUUCAGAAGCACCACCCAGAAAAGAGGAAUCCCAUGGAUUGGGUCUUGAAGACGACGCUUCACACAAUUUCCAAAAUAGCUGUGGACCUCUUCCUACUCUUCAGGAACAAGAGGAGCAACCUCAGACCUUUUCUAACAAGCAGCAACAGCAGCAGCUUUCUGGGGGGGAGCAGCAAAGAUCCGAUUCUGAUCUUGGGUUAAAGGGUGAAGGUGGCUUGGAUUUCCUUGGAAGGCAAGACACUGACUACCGAAACAUUGAGUAUCGUGAUGUGGAUCACCGGCUGCCAGGGCAUCAGAUGUUUGAUUAUGAACAUGGCAAGUCCUUUUCAGAAGGAAAACCCAGCAAAGAUUCUAGGCCCUAUAAGAGCCUUCAGGACCAAGAUUACCGGACCUGUCCCAAAUAUGUGAAGCCAAGCAAGCUCAUUCGGUUAGGAGGAGUGCCUGAAACUGCCACAAAGGAUGACAUCCUCAAUGCUUUCCGAGGACCUGAUGGAACACCUGUGAAGGACUUGCGACUGAAAGAUUACAGUUCAGGUUACGACUAUGGCUAUGUCUGCGUGGAGUUUUCACUCUUGGAAGAGGCCAUCGGAUGCAUGGAAGCCAACCAGGGAACUCUUUCGAUCGGUGGCAAAGAAGUGACCCUUGAGUACACCCCAUGCCCAGAGUUUUGGCGCUGCAAACGUUGUAAGGUGUGUACAGUGGGCUACAGAUCUUCCUGCUCCUAUUGCAAGCUCCCAAGAGAUGGGAGCAGAGCAGGCCCAGAGUCCAGAGGUGCUUCUGAGGGAGAGGACACACCAGCUGAGCAAGAAUUCACAGAGACAAAGCUUGAAAAACCUGAGCAAGAAUUAUCAGGACCACCAGGAUCUCCAAAGCAGCCUCUCCAGCCUCCGGUUCCUGCUCCACAGCAGGAGUGUCAGCCUCAGGAACAGGAGCCAAGGAAGAGAGAUGAAGGGAGAGAGCGGCGGCCUUCACAGGAGAAGAGACGAGACAUGGACCGGCACCAGGAGCUGCCUUCUCAGAGAGAAGCAGAGGAAACCACACCACAGGAUGGUGGAGGAAGCCGAACAAUUAUGCUGAAGCGUAUAACUCGCUUCACCCCACCAGAGGUGAUUGUGGGGCUUCUGGCCCCAUACGUGCGUCUCUCCACAUCCAGUGUGCGCAUCAUGAAAAACAAGGCUGGACGGAUGGGGCAAACCUAUGGCUUCAUUGAACUGGAAUCACAUGCUGAGGCGAUGAGGUUGCUAAAGAUACUGCAGAAUCUGGAUCCCCCAAUCUGCAUUGAUGGUCGUACGGUGGAAGUGAAUCUUGCUACAGGGAGGAGAAGGAAUGACUAUGGGGAGCACGGUGACAAUUCCUACUAUGGCCCGGGCAGAAGGGGCAUGAGAGACAGGAGGGGUGGCGAAUCACAGAGACGCACAAGAGCACAGUCUCCAUCAGAUGUGUCCACAUACAUAUAUGAUCCUGAAACUGGGAAUUACUAUGACCCUAUAGCUGGGACAUACUAUGACCCCAGAACUCAGAGAGAAGUCACAAUAGACCGAGAAGCUUGUUCAUCACCUCCAGAGAGCAGGAGGCGGCGGCAUGGGAGCCAAGAGCGGCAUGGGAGCCAAGAACGCCAGGAACGGACAAAUGAAAGGGUGGAGCCACACAGCAGGGACAACAGGGACAAAAGGGAGAAAGGGAAAAGCACUUCUGCUAAGAACGAGCCUGGAGAAGAGAGGUUCUUUGCAGAAGAUGUCUUCAAAAAGCCAUUGCCUCCCUCUGUGAAAAAGGAUGAGAGUACAGGCCUGAAUGAGGCUGGAGAGGAGAAGUUCUCUGCAGAAGAUGUCUUUAAAAAACCAUUACCUCCCUCUGUGAAAAAGGAUGAGAGCGCAGCCCCACCCAAGGUGGUGAACCCUCUGAUAGGACUUCUGGGAGAGUAUGGAGGAGACAGCGACAAUGAAGAGGAGGAGGAAGAGGAGGACCAGUCACAGGCUCAGUGGCUGCCACCUCCCCACCCACCAGCACAACGCGAGGAGCAGCUGAGGAAGGCCAAGGCCAGCGAUGACAAGCUGACCGACUGGAACAAGCUGGCCUGCUUGCUCUGCAGGAGGCAGUUUCCCAACAAGGAAGUGCUUAUCAAGCACCAGCAGCUUUCCAACCUGCACAAGCAAAACCUGGAGAUACAUAUGAAGAUCAAACGAUCUGAGCAGGAACUGGCAUAUUUGGAGAAGAGAGAGCGUGAGGGGAGACAUAAAGACAAAGGAAAUGACCGGAGAGAGAAAUUCCAGCAGAUGGAUUCACCAGAGAGGAAACGACUCAGAUACGACCGGGACUCAGAGAGUGACUAUGACCCAAGGAUCGAUAGUAACAACAGAGGGAACCGAAUGUUGCAGUCCACAGGGUGGAAGAAAGGCUUCGGCCACAACCAGCAGGGCACAACAUCCCCAGUGGAGGGAGAAAAUCGGAGGAAGGGCCCUGGCCUGGGGGCCCCAGGGAAGCCCAGCAAGAGGCAGUCCAAUGAGACCUACCGCGACGCCGUCAGGAGGGUCAUGUUUGCCCGCUAUAAGGAACUGGAGUGAAGGGUGCAGAAAACCCCAAGCCUGUCUUCCUCCAUCUGUCUUUCUCUCUGUGUCAUUUUCUUUUGGGAGUUUGGUCUUAUUAUUAUUUUUUUUUUUGGAAUUGUUACAGGUUUUGCUGCUAGGAGUUUUUUAAUAAAACUGAAAAUUUGUCA